AUGCUUAAAAGUUUUCAGAAUGACUUCCUUGGUCGACAUGCCCCUGAAUUAUGAAAAGAUGUUUGCUCAUCGGUUCACAUCAGAUGAUGAAGAAUACCAAGAAUAUCUGAAACGCCCUGCAGAUCCCCCUCCUAUAGUUGAAGAAUGGAGAAACAGAUCUGGUGGCAACCAGAGAAACAGAGAUCGGUUUCAAGAUGGUAGAUAUUAUAGAGGGGACAGAUACAACUGGCAAGGUGACUAUAGAUCUAAUCAGAGGCCAGAAAGAAGUUGGGGUAAUAACUACCAGCAGCACAGACAAGGACAAUCGUACUCCUCCCACUAUGGACAAUAUGGCUACAACUCCUACAACCCAGGGCCUCGUUACCAUCCCUACUGAUGAUACGUGGGGUUUGACAGUCCAGUAAUGCUAUGUGACAAAUUCAGUUAGGCUUCAGUUUUCUUAUUUUUCCACAGUUUUAUAGAUAACUGAAGAAUCAGUAUUACAGUCCAUUGCUGUUUCUCUGUAGUGUGAAUUGAAAAAGGGAAUACCUUUUAUGAAUAAUAAAAGCAUAUUAUAUGGAGUUUGUUUAGUCUGUAGAUCUUAGAUUAAAUUUCUAUCAUAUUCUUUUGUCUGAAUAGAUACUAGUACACUUCUUUCAUCACUGAGAUUUCUCUCUGUUACAUUUUAGAAAACACAACAGGUCAGAAGAAAAUAGCUGUGGUUUGUGUGCAGCCUGUAGCAGUGGCACAUUGCCUUAAGAUAGUUCUUUUUGAAAGUGACAUACUGUGUCUUUCUCUGGAGAGAAUUUCUUAGUUUGGCUUUUGAUAGUGAGAAAAGCUCAAUUUAGUUUGAAUUUCAGAUGCCUUAAAACUGAGAAGAGAGAUGCUAUUUCAGAAAU